AUGUACAGGCAAGGACACGUCUUAAUGGGCAUUUACGUUUUUUUCCCUUUCAAAUUUACUCAUCCUGUCACGGCUGUGCGAUGCUACCGGACUCAAGAUGUGUUUGGCGAAAGGCAACAAGUUUUUGACUUGUUUUUGCAUGCAGAAAGAUUAAAUUAUUUGAUUAAAUUCUAUCUAUCUAUCUAUCUAUCUAUCUAUCUAUCUAUCUAUCUAUCUAUCUAUCUAUCUAUCUCAGUUGAUCUAUCUAUCUAUCUAUCUAUCUAUCUAUCUAUCUAUCUAUCCCAGUCUGUUCAUAUCUAUCUAUCUAUCUAUCUAUCUAUCUAUCUAUCUAUCUUAUCUAUCUAUCUAUCUAUCUAUCUAUCUAUCUAUCUAUCUAUCUAUCUAUCUAUCUAUGUAAGUCUGUUUCUGUCUGUCUCUCUGUCUCUCUCUGUAUCUAUCUAUCUACCUAUAUAUGUAAUUCUGUUUCUAUCUAUCUAUCUAUCUAUCUAUCUAUCUAUCUAUCUAUCUAUAUGCUAUAUAUUUUUCUUCUAUCUAGUCUUUCCGUUUAUAUCUAAUUUACAUUCUUUCUUUCUUAAUCUGUUCGCAUUGGAAUCUCUUCAAAUCUAUCUAUCUAUCUAUCUAUCUAUCUAUCUAUCUAUCUAUCUAUCUAUCUAUCUUCAUAUUAAUUCCUUGAAAUCUCUUCAAAUUUAUUUAGUCUGUUCAUAUCUCACAAUAUCUAAUUCGGUUCAUAUCUAUCUAUCUAUCUAUCUAUCUAUCUAUCUAUCUAUCUAUCUAUCUAUCUAUCUAUCUAUCUUCAAUUCCUUGAAAUCUCUUCAAAUUCAUUUAGUCUGUUCAUAUCUCUCAAUAUCUAAUUCGGUUCAUUAUCUAUCUAUCUAUCUAUCUAUCUAUCUAUCUAUCUAUCUAUCUAUCUAUCUAUCUAAUUCUAUAUUUCUCUACCUAUCUUAUUAA